AUGGAAAGGAGCAUGAGAAAGAAGAAGGAUUUUUGCAAAGUUUACAUACCAUCAUUCGAUUUGGGAAUAACACAACUGAAUGAGGAAGAUAAAAAAGACAAACUGCAGAAAAGAACUAGAAAAGAUCUUAUGGAAAGUGAAAUGUUGCAUGUUGAUGAUUUCAAAAAUGAGAAAGGUAAAAGGAAGGGGAAACUUGGACAAUUAGUGUGUUCACCAUAUGUAGAUCGGAUAAUGAACGCGAAUGAGGCGGUUAAAGAUGAUGAAAACGUUGUGGCUCAAAGCAUAAUAGCAUGGGGGAGAGAUAAAGGGGAAAUUAUAUGGGAAACGAUUGAACGUCAUGGAAUGCAACUGGAAGUUGCACGUACGUUAGCUAUGAGAACAAAAGAUCUGAUCGAGCUCUCUCGCGGUUUCAAAACCGACCUAAUCAUGAAGCCCUUUUCGUCUGGAACGCGUCUAAGGGACAUUAUUAGGGCAAUACGAGCCUGCAAAACUGCUGCAGAAGAGCGUGCUGCUGUUAGAAAAGAAUGUGCUUCUUCACUCUUAUCUUUCCUAGAUCUUAACCACACCAAUCAGUACAUUGUGGGACUAGCUCUUUGUGCUUUGGGUAAUACAUGUUCUGCAGAAAUGGCUCGUGAUCUUGCACCUGAAGUUGAAAGAUUGCUGCAAUUUCGAGAUCCAAAUAUUCAAAAGAAAGCAACAUUGUGCUUAAUAAGGAUUGUAAAGAAGGUCCCUAACCUUGCAGAAAAUCUUGUCAACCCUAUUGUUUCCUUACUUAAAGAAAAACAUCAUGGGGUUCUUUUAAUAGCAAUCCAGCUCUAUACAGAUCUCUGUAACUUUAAUGAAGAGGCUCUUGAAAUUUUCAGGAAGAAAUGCACAGAGGUGUUGGUGAAAGUUUUGAAGGAUGUUGUCAACAACCCAUAUGCUCCUGAAUAUGAUGUUUCAGGUAUUGCAGACCCUUUUCUUCAUAUAAGAUUGCUUCGCCUUUUGCGUGUUUUGGGCCAUGGAGAUGCUGAUGCUAGUGAUUCCAUGAAUCACAUUCUUGCCUAGGUGGCAAAAAAAACUGAGUCAAACAAGAAUGCAGGGAAUGCAAUACUUUAUGAAUGUGUAGAAACCAUUAUGAGCAUUGAAGAUAGCAGUGGU